AUGGCUACUAGCACUAUAAAUUUUAUAAUAAUUUUAAAAUCAUUUUUAAAAAUUUUUUCUAGAAAUUUUAUCUUUGAUUUUUACAAAAUAAAAAGGCAAUUAAUUUUUAUUAGUGUUGAUAUUUGUUCCUAUAUAAAUUCAAAACAUUAUUUAAUUUUACAAAUAAUAUAUAUCAAUAUUUUAAACAAUAAAUUCAAAAUUAUCGGAAAAAUCCUUUAUUUUAAAUGA